GAAAAACUUGACAAAUUUAGUCCACGUUGCAUAGUUUUCAGUUCACAUAGAACUGCUUUAUAAAACAACAUUUUUGUUGGUUUUAUUAUUUACUACUGCCUAUUAAGUGAUAUUUGCUUGCACACUAUAAAAAGUCUUCCCCGUUAGUUAAUUUAUUUGAACACGUGGAAAUUUAAGCAUAAAGGUCUACUAAAAUGAUGUUUUUAAUGUCACAAGAUCGUCCAUCAUCACGCGAUGGAUCAACAAAAAUAAUUAAUAUGAAUCACGUGCUGACACAUCCAACAUCACAAUUACAGUACAAUAACAAUAAUAAUAAUUUAAUCAUCAAUAAGAAUCAUUUUUUAGCUAUUGAGACAGCAAAUAAUGCAAAUUCACAUUUACUUGUACAUAAGAAUAUGAAUACUAUGCCUUCUAUUUCAUCAACAACAUCGUCAAUUGCAAGUCCCAUGAGUUACAUAACAACAAUAAACGAUCAAAAUGUAAUAAACGGAAGUCAUCAUCAAAUUGUAUUGUUGACAAAUGAAAAAGUAGAAUCAUCUGAUAAUGAGCAAAUUCGUGAUGAAGAUGAACGUAAAGUAUCUAAUGGUGCUACAGAUGAAGAACUCACACCUCUCACAUGGUUACAUGAUAAAAAUUUACUUAAAGGAAUAAAUUUAUCAUGUCCAAAAGUGCAAUCUCCUUCAAACAACCAUGAUCAAGUACCUAACAAUAUUAAUGGUCACAUAAAUGUCAUAUCAAAAUCACCUCAACAUGAUAAGGAUGAUUCGGGGAUGUUGGAUACUGGAUUUAAUUCUUCAUCAGAACAGAAUGAUCACUAUUCAACACCUCCAUCACCGAAGCCUAUCAAUUACACAAAAACUGAUAGCAAAUCACAAACUGAUAACUUUAUUAAAAAUUUGGAUAAAAAUAGUCAUAAUAAUUUAAGUAAUUCACCACAAAUUGACAUAAUCAAGUUGGUCGCAGGUCAUCCUAGUACAGUAAUAAGGGAACAUAAUCAAAGUUAUAAUUUAAAUUCCGAAGAAUCUAUAAAUCAAAUUAUCAAGUCACCACCAAACACACCGCAUCAACAUUUUCAUAAAAGAUAUUUAAGGGAAACGCUCAAGCAACAAGACGAGGAGAAGAGACAACAAGAACAGUUAUAUACACAUAAUUCGCAAUUGAGCUCAUACAUUAUUGCGAAGCCUCAAUCUGAGCAUCGCUAUAUUUUUAAUAAUGACGAACAUGCCAUAGCUAAUUAUAACAAUAACAAUAAUAACACCAUUCAAAAUAAUUAUGAGAAUAAUUGCGAAUACGAUCUAUCGCAAAAGGCUAUCGAUUAUGCAAUGCCAAAGCUUAAUUCCACCACGUCAUCCGUUGCAAGUUCAUUAUCAUCAUCUCCAUCACCAAAACAACAGAAACAGCAUCCAAACAAUAUUCCAUAUGACCCACUCGUUCACAUUAAUAGUAAGCCUCCUUAUAGCUUUAGUUCUCUAAUAUUUAUGGCUAUCGAAGAUUCUGCCCAGAAAGCAUUACCAGUAAAAGAAAUUUAUGCUUGGAUAAUUCAGCACUUUCCUUACUUUAAGACGGCGCCAACAGGUUGGAAGAACAGCGUAAGGCAUAAUCUGUCGCUCAAUAAAUGCUUUCAGAAGGUUGAAAAGGCUGCUAAUCUUGGAAAGGGAUCUUUAUGGAUGGUGGAGCCUCAAUAUCGUCCAAAUUUAAUUCAAGCACUGACCCGAUCUCCUUUUCAUCCAUGCUCAACAUGGGAGAAACACGCAAAAAACCUCAUCAAGUCACCGAACGAAAGUCCAGGAUCAAAGGUUAACGGAAGCACCCGUUUACCUAAUCCCGAACAUUUUCCAUUUCUCUCGCGGAGAUUAGCUGCCGCAAUGGAAAACUUCGAUGAAGAAAUCCACGAGCAAAGCAGAUCAAAUACCCCUGUAAAUACCAGUUACGAUAUGCCACAAAAUUUAACAAGUGCAAUGCCAAUUUAUCAAAAUAACAACUCUAUAAUUAUUAAUGGAAAUUUACCGAACUCAGAAAUUUUUACACGAGAACUGAAUGCUGAGACCAUCGAUGAUGUCAAUGCUGCAACUGCGAUGCUUGCGUUAAAACAUGGACCAAAAAUAUUCAGUGAAGGCAUCCCAUUUGUUCAAUCAAAUCCUCCUAUUUUAACAACGACAACAUCACCUAGUGAAGAUCAUACGUAUUCUGCUUAUGUGAAAAAUGGAACUGAUAAUAAUAGCAAUGGAACUUCUUCUGAUGCUGCCUACGAAAGCAGCGAGGAAAAUAACGUCGUUUAUCAUUUUACCCAGCCAUUGAACGAAGAGGAAUUGGAAGAACAGCGGAAACAAGCCGAGGGCGUUGACGCUCUCCUAAAUUUAGCCGGCUAUAAUACAAACACAACACUUUUAUUAAAACGUCCCGUCACAGAUGAUCAACAUACAAAGCAAUACUUCUAUACAACUGAAAUCACACCGUCUUCGAAUAAAAAUUUCAUUGCUGACGAUGAACCUCCAAUGAAGAAAUCAAAAUCCCGAAUAUUGCGAAAUAAAUUAAAAAAGAAAUCGUCAUGGAAUCGAUAAUCGGUAGUCGGAAGCAUCGAAAGAUGUAGACAGAUCAGAUGAGAAAAUGAACGGAAAUUUAACCAAAAUUUAUGCUUAAGUGGAAAAAAAUGCUUAAUUUUAUCACACAAAAAAGAUUAUUAGUCAGGAGCAUGAGAGAAUUGUUCAGCAAUAAUUGGGGUCGAUCAAAAAUUAAAAUUUUUAACCCUCUUCCCCUUUGGGUAUUGUAAAACACCCGUACCUCUCAACGAUUUAGAUCAUAAAAAAUGACCCCUUAAAAUAUCGGUUUUUACAUUUCAAUGCAUUUUGUCAUACAUAGAAAAUUAAAAUUAAUUAAACGAAACAAACCAACAAAAAAGGAAAAAAUUAUUUUAAGCAAAAAAUGCUCAAGUCUGUUAAUUAUGUUAAGUCAAUCCUUAGUGAAAGAUUUUUUUUUUGUUCUUUAAAGUCGUUUUUUUUUUCAAGAAGGAGAAAAAAAACAAGAAAACUAAAUUAAAAAAUUAAAUAAAUUAUUGUCUAUCUUCCUUUUAUCAAGGUAUAAAAUACUGACAGCUGCUAUAAUAAUAUUAAUUAAAUUAAAAAUGAAAAAUAGAAAUAAUAAUACUGUUAUUGUUUUCAUGCAAAUCAAUUUUUUUCUAGUUCAUCGUUUGUUCGUUAUGUUUUUUAAAAUCUAUUUAUUAAAUCAUAAAAAAAUGAUGAAGAAAAAAUAGUGAAGUCUUAUAGAUACUAAUUUAGUGCCAAUUAUGUUGUUUAAUUGACAAAAAAAGAGAGAAGCUUCUCAUUUUCAUUACUUGAUGCACUAAAUGAGAAGAAAAAAAUAAAUAAAGAAUAAAAUUUGGAGUACAAAAUUUUUAAAUUUAACUGGCAUGUGGCAUUUUUUCUGAUCGACCACGAUUAACUAUUAAAUUAAAAUAAAUCAUUAAAAUGACUCUUUUUCAAAAUUUUAAAAACAAACACGAUUAAUGAGGAAAACAUAACUACAGAUUUUUAUUGUCUUUAUGCAAUCAUAUUUUAAGCAUGAUAAUUAAAUAAUUGAAAAUGAAUAACAUGAUAGUGCCUGUUAAUUACUAAUUACAUAAAAAAAGCUAUGAUAAUGCAU